ACCAUGUGAAAUGUAAACAGUAAACAGUAAAUAACAUAGAAAAAGAGCAAGGGCGCUGUGUGGAAGGAAUUUUGAGCCGCGUAUUUAGUAUUUUUAGAAAUGUUUAUGUCAGAUCCUGUCCUUUUUGCGUUCUCUUUACUUAAUACAGGAUUUGUGUUGUUUCUUUUCGUAUAUUUUGUCAUCACGCUGUCCGACCUGGAGUGCGACUACCUGAACGCCCAGCAGUGCUGCUCUCGACUGAACGUGUGGGUGGUGCCAAAGCUGGGCGUGCACUCGUGCGUGACUGCUCUGCUGCUGCUGCAUGCACACUGGCUGCUCACGCUCGCCAACCUGCCCGUGGCGCUGUGGCUGCUCUACGAGUACAUGACCAUUCCCACUUUCAACACAGGCGUGUACGAUCCAGCCGAGAUUCAUAAUCGAGGUCAACUUAAAAAGCACAUGAGGGAUUGCAUGAUUUACAUGGUGUAUUACCUCAUUUUUUUCUUCAUCUAUCUUUAUUGUUUGAUAAUUGCGUUGCUGAAAGGAAACCCAGUGCCGAGACUGGAUGACCAGAUUGUGUCUGAAUUCUAGUGGGAGGUGAAGCAAGUCUGCUCGCAGCAGAAGGGGUUGAUCACCGUAAAGACUGAGCUGGAGAGAUCGUAUCACUUAAGUCUUGUAAUGCAAGUUUCCUUUGGUUUUCCUGUGAUUUGUUUCUCUGGAAGUCUUCUUCUAGUCAGUUUUUUUUUUACAUGUAAUACAAUUUUUUUUUAUAUAUAAUCUUUGCUGAUAAGUAACAUGACAAAAUUAAAAAUAUAUGUAUUUAUACAGCUACAGAUAGUGAGAUGUGGAUGCUUAUAUUGUAUUUGUACAUAAACAGAUUUUUGACAAAACUUAAA